AGUGAAGGAACACUCUGGCUAAAGUGUGGGCACUUUCAACGGCAUCUCGUUAUUGCCAUCGUAGAUUGCAAUUCCACACGCUGCGAGCGCAGUUACAGACACCCACCAAAUUGUCGGCAACCAAACUGUACCAAAAACUUCGGACCCGAAAUACAGCGUUCGAUCGACGAUGUUGACGAGAUAUGUUUCCAGUGUCGUACAGCACUGACUCGCAGGCGUGGUUGA